AUGGGAAGGUUAAUAGUAUAUAUUGCUUUUAUCAUUUAUUGCCAAGCUGCCAACCAAAACCAAGCUAGAAAUGCAGGAGCACCUGCGCAACCAGCAGAUGCAGCAGCAGCAGCUAAUGCAGGAGCAGCAGCUGCGGGACAAGCAGCUGCGGGACAAGCAGCUGCGGGAGUUGGAGGAGUAGUGGUAAUUGCACCAGUUCGAGUACCACUGACUUUUACUUUUGCGGUACAGACAACGAGAGUUACUUUAUUGCUUUAG